AUGGCUGAUCCAAACGACAAAGUUCCGAAUUCGGGCCAAGUGAGCUCGCUCGACACCGAUAUUGAGCAGGAUUCAGCUGGCGAGUUGAAGGAGCAAAAGCAGACCGAUCCCAAUAUCGUCGAUUUCGAUGGGCCGGAUGAUCCUGCAAAUCCACUCAAUUGGUCCUCGAAGAAGAAGUUCCUCAACAUCUCAAUCGUUUCUUUAAUGACCCUACUUUCGCCAACAACCUCGACUGUCAGCUCUCCGGUGACGACUGAUAUCAUGGAACAUUUCCAGUCAACGAAUGAGAUCCUCGGAGCCUUUGUCACCACGGUUUUCUUGAUCGGUUACACAUUCGGACCCUCCGUCAUUGCACCUCUCUCGGAGAUUUACGGCAGAGCCAUUCUUUACAAGAUCUGUAUCGUUCUCUUCAUCGUCUUCAACGUGGCCUGCGCUGUGGCAAACAGUAUGGGAUCCCUGAUCGUCUUCCGACUCUUGGCCGGUAUCAUGGGUUCCUGCCCCGUCACUCUCGGUCCCGGAUCCGUGGCCGACAUGAUAUCAGCAGAAGGCAGAGCAAAGGCGAUGUCUGCCUACGUUAUAGGCAUUAUUCUGGGACCUUCCAUCGGACCCAUCUGCGCUGGUUAUAUUGCCCCUGCGAAAGGAUGGCGCUGGGCAUUUUGGCUGAUGGCCAUUAUCAUCGGCGCGAUUGCCAUUCCGGUCAUGUUUCUUCAAGAAUCAUACCCUUACGUGAUCCUGAAUCGCAAAACGGAAAAAUUGCGCAAGGAAACUGGCAACGAGAAUCUCCGGUCAGCACUGGACACUGGAAAGUCACCGCGUCAGCUUUUCGUGUUUUCAAUUUGGCGACCUGUGAAGAUGCUUGUCUCGCCGAUCAUUUUCUUGCUGUCGCUUUACUGUGCACUCGUCUAUGCCUAUCUAUACCUCUGCUUCACCACUUUCCCGGAGCUUCUGGCCGAGAAGUACGGUUUUGGUACUGGUCCCUCGGGUCUAGCUACUCUAGGGUUGGGAGUUGGUUCAAUCGUUGGACUAUUCAUCUCCGGUGGUACCUCGGACAAAGUGUCCAAGUACUUAACCAAGAAGCAUGGUGGAACGGCCAAGCCUGAGUAUCGCCUCCCAGUUCUAGUUGUCGGUGCAAUCAUUACUCCUAUCGGACUGUUCUUGUACGGCUGGACUGCGUACUACGGUACUCACUGGAUAGUCCCCAUAAUCGGCACUGGUUUCAUUGCUGCGGGAAUGGUCAUUGCUUUUAUGGCAACUACAAUGUAUCUGGUCGAUGCAUACACUGUCUAUGCCGCUUCUGCAACCGCCGCAAAUACCAUGGUACGCUGUCUGAUCGGCGCGUUAAUCCCACUCGCUGGUCCGGCUAUGUUUGCAAAGCUUGGCUACGGCUGGGGAAACUCGCUCUUGGGGUUCCUCGCCGUUGCUUUUAUCCCUGUGCCUUUUGUCUUUUACCGAUAUGGCGAACGUAUUCGCGAAUCCAAGGUCUUCAAAAUCGAGUUCUGA